AUGGCCACCAGUCUCCUGGCAGCCGUGGUGGCCGUGGCGGGGCUGGUGGUAGCCGUGUCGGGGGCUCGCCCGGUGCUGGUCAUCUUGCUGGACGGCUUCCGCCACGACUACAUCGGCCCCGGCGAGCUGGAGGCCCUGCCCGGCUUCAAGGCCAUCGUGGACGGAGGUGUGAAGGCGGACCACCUGACGCCGGACUUCCCCAGCCUGUCCUACCCCAACUAUUACACGCUGAUGACCGGCCGGCACUGUAACGUCCAUCAGAUGACCGGAAACUACAUGUGGGACCCCAAGACGAACAAGUCGUUCGACAUCGGGGUCAACGAGGACAGCCUGCUGCCCCUCUGGUGGAACGGCUCGGAGCCCCUGUGGGUCACCAUGACGCGGGCCAAGAGGAAGGUGUCCAUGUACUACUGGCCAGGCUGCGAAGUUGAGAUCCUCGGCGUCCGGCCGUACCGCUGCCUCGAAUACAAGACCGUCCCGACGGACAGAGAUUUCGCCAACGCCGUCAACAACGCGCUGGACGCUCUCAAGAGUCGCAGCACGGACCUGGCGGCAAUAUACCACGAGCGCAUCGACGUGGAAGGCCAUCACUACGGCCCCGACUCGGCCCAGCGGAAGGCGGCCCUCGGGGCCGUGGACCGGGUCCUCGCCCACUUGACGCGGCGGGUCCAGGAAGAGGGGCUGCGGGACCAGCUGAACGUCAUCCUCUUCUCGGACCACGGCAUGACGGACAUCUUCUGGAUGGAGAAGGUGAUCGUGCUGCGGCGGUUCGUCAGCCUGAAGGACAUCGCGCGGACCAAGGACCGGGGCCCCGUGGUCAGCCUGUGGCCCGCGCCCGGGAAGCAGGCUGAGGUGUACAGACGGCUGAGCGAGGUGGAGCACAUGACCGUGUACCAGAGAGAGACCAUCCCCGCCCACUUCCAUUACAAGGAAGGGAAAUUCGUGUCGCCCCUCACCCUCGUGGCCGACGAGGGAUGGUUCAUAACUGAGAGCAGGGACAAGCUCCCGUUCUGGGAAAACGUCACCGGGCGCAGGGAAGGCUGGCAGCGCGGCUGGCACGGCUACAACAACGAGCUCCGGGACAUGUGGGGGAUCUUCCUGGCCUUCGGACCCGACUUCAAGGCGGGCUUCCGGGCGGGCCCGAUCCAGGCGGUGGACGUGUACAACGUCAUGUGCAGCGUGGCGGGGAUCCCGCCCUUGCCCAACAACGGCUCCUGGUCCCGGGUGGCCUGCAUGUUCCGGAGCGCCGGCCCUGCCCUCCGGACGCCCGGCUGGACGCUGCUUCUCCUGCUCGCCCGGGUGGCGUCGUGACG